AACACCCUUGCCUUACCCAGCCUGGCUCAUCUAAGGGGUGGAAUGGGUGGUAUGAUAGCCUUAGGUGGAAAAUGGGCAAUUACCGCUCAAAACUGCGUCGAGCUGGAUGCUUGGAGGUAUCCAUAAAUGGUGGGAAAAGAAGAGGACUGCAGCCUCAGAGAAACAUCAAAAGACCCAAGAGGUUUGAAAUCAAUUUUCUACCGAACUUCCCUGAUGGUGAAGAUGAAGCCAGCAUGGAGUCCAAAAGGAAAGAGAUGGUGGAAGAAAUGAAGAAACGUCGUCUUAACGUUGCACUGAUAGCCCGGAACAUGAAUUCUACAUUUGCCUUGCGUAGAAAGGAAUUGAUAGAGAAGGAGCCUGCUGUGAAGAAUACAGUGGAAAGGUGGCCAGCCCUCUUCACACAGAGUCAGAUCAUGGCAGAGUUUAAUCGUAUAUCUGGCAAAAACCUGCAAGCUGAAUUCUUUCAAGAACUGGACAGAUUUACUCCACGUUUCAUCGAUAUCUUCAGGGCUAAAGGUGGAGACAUUGGUUCCAAACUUAAGAAGAUUCUGCAGCAGAUUGAAAAUGACAAAUCGAACAUCAAUGCGGGACGAACAGCCGUUCUUCAAGGCCUACCACUCCUCCUCGGAGAGGACCCCUCCGAUUUUUACAAGACAUGUUUUGACUGUGAUGACAAUGAAGACAUGUCGGACGUUGAAAUCGGUAUUCUGACAGUGAUUCCAGAGGACUCUGCAACUGUACCCUACUCCCUGCAUCUUGGUGCCACAACAACGGCAAUCAUUUUGGAAGGUACAGUGGUUGUGGAUGAUCUUGAAAAUCUUCCACAAGCAACGUGUCUGCUCUUUGGACUAAUUUAUGCUCUAAACUUAGAGUAUCCUGCAGCACUGAAAUGCACAUUCGACUUCAUACAAAGAGUGAUUUUGUCCCUUGGCCACAAGUCACUCAAACCUAAAAUCCAAUCACUGAAAAAUCGCCUGAUGCAGUAAUAGAUCAUAGCCAUGAUGCUAGUUUGAGUGAAUAGAAGCUGUCUUUAAGAAAACUAAAGAAAUUGUUCAGUACUGUUUUACAGAUACUUCAGUUUUUUCAAUUGUUGAAAAUGAAAAAAUAAAAAUCCACAUUUAAGAGGAUGUUUUGAAAAAUUUCAAGUUUACUUGUUUGGUUUUAGAAUAGUUUUAAUAUAAGAGAACUGUAGUAGGAAGGUGUUCUGUACUAAACUUGUAACAUACUUGCAAGCUCUGCUUUUGAACACUUUGUAAAGAUGUUAAAAACAAAGAGACAUUCAUCCUUUUAAUUGUCUUUUUAUUUCUUGAGUGCAGUAUGUGCUUUUUUUUUUCUAAAAUGUUGCUGGCGGGCAGUUGACGGGCAUGCCUUAAGUAAUGUUUUAAAAUGAAUACUGUUUUAUAGAGCAAAUAAAGUGUUCUAGUGUUGUGCCAAAUCUGUUGUCUGUCUUUGCAUU